CGGACCCAUAACUUUAGCCACCUUCACCCAGCGAUGCUCGACCUCAAGGAAACAUCGAGCGGCGUGGUCGGCGCUAUCUGCAACGUGUAUUCGGGCCUGCCUUUCGACGUGGCCAAGGUGCGCCUUCAGACUACCAGCGAGUACCGCGGCCUCGUGCACUGCCUAGUCCGCACUGUACAAAACGAAGGCUUGCGGUCGCUGUGGAAAGGCGCCACGCCGGCGCUGUCAAGUGCGAUCAUCGAAAACUCGGUGCUAUUCACCGCACACGGCGUCCUCCGUCGACUAUACUUUGGCAACUCGCAUACUACUACCUUGCUGGACGAAGCGCUACUCGGUAGUGCCGCCGCGGUGUUUUCCGCGACCGCGAUCACGCCGGCAGAAGUAAUCAAGUGCCGCCUCCAGACGUCCCAUGCUUCAUCCUUGGGGGUGUUUGCGUGUAUCCGCGAAGUGAUUGCUCAGAAUGGCGUCAAGGGACUCGUCGCGGGACUGCCCGCCGUGCUGCUCCGCGACGUCCCGUUCAACUUUAUCUUUUUUGGGGCAUAUGAACUGUACACGUCGACCUUGGUUCGCCUAUGGAGCGACCACACAUCUCAACCCAUGUCGAGGCGAGAUUUGCAUCCGGUGGCAGUAUUGACCUGCGGCGGGGUGGCCGGGGCUACGGGAUGGAGCGUGAUCUUUCCCGCCGAUGUGGUCAAGUCGUACAUGCAGGUGGGAAACGGUGUCACAUUCCGCCGGGCGUUCGAGACGGUGUGGCGGACCCAAGGCCUGCGGGGCUUCUACCGCGGAUGGAGUGCCGCCGUGCUCCGGUCGUUUCCAGCGAAUGGAUGCUUGUUUUUAGGCGUCGAAAUGACCCACAGAUUGUUUGACCAUGUUGAGCAAAACGAGUGCGCGACCGUCGUCUAACGCGUACAUCCAGGUUCAUUCGUAUUUCAAGUAUGAAUAUUGUCGAUUUGAUACAAAUUU